CAAGGAUAAGCGAUACCUACGUGCUCGCCGGAUAGAGCGCAUGAAUAAAACGCACCAGACUUCGUAUUUCUUUCUGUCUUUUCUGGAACAGUCCCAGCAAGUUAUUUUUUUUUGUGUAAAAUUGUGUUGGUUUUGAGUCGACAAGGGUCGCAAAAUAAAAACUAAUUAAUAAAAUUAUAUUUUUUUUCCAAACUUAAUACAAAAGUGUAAGUGUCUUGAUUUUAAUGUGUCGUGUGUUAACAAAGGAAGUGAUUAUAUAUUUGCGACAGUUCCUGGUAUCCUGAACCGUAGGCACAACACAAAGCUCAGCAUGUAUUUCAAAUGAUAAAAAAGGCAAAGAUUUGCACAACUAUCAACAAGAUUCAGUGCCAGAAAGCAGCGGAGUUUUUCGAAACUAUGAUGAAGGUUACUGAUUUCUCUCGAGCACAUUCCGCAAGUCACGUCACCCCGUGCAAAGGAUGAGGCUUUCAAAAGGAUAUAGGACAUUAUCACCAGCAUCGAACGCUGCCCAGACGCCGACACUCUCCUACAACUCAGAAACUAGUCUGAGCCUCCUUCGGCUGCUCGCGAUUGUCUUGUUUAUUGGAACGCAAGCUCAUGUUCUAUGCACGGAAUCCGUCGAACAAAAAGCAGCUUCGGCAAGUACAAAUCUUAAAAUCGGCGAGAAUAGUACUUUCCUUUUUGAUGACUAUAAUAAAACUAAAACAACAUUAUCAACUGCCGAAUACCUGUCAGCCACAAGAGCAACUCUAUACGCGUUUUCGUCGCAAAGCCAGGACCAUUCCCAAAUGCCAGUAAAAGCGUCGAGCUCGUCCCUUAGCGCUAUCCCAACGAAAAAAAGUCGCGACAAAAAACCGAUGGAAACACCAGGUGGCUUUGACACUAGCAGUAGCCCUUUAAUCAAAAAAUUAACAGACAUUACUUGGCGCUCAGGAACCACAGAUCAGCUACCGACAGUGACAAUGCCAACAACAUCAUUUGCAUCCCUGAAAGUCGAUAGGAGCACCAUAAAGCAGCCUAUCGAUUCCACGCGAACGAGAAAUCAUUGGACAGCAGGUGGAUUCGCCCGUGUUACAGAACGACCACGGACUAAGCACCACCACGAGCACCACUGGGGACCUUUCUUCGAGGAGCCCCUCAGCUCGGCAGCCUCGGGCGACAACCUUAUUUCCGCCGUGCAUUUGUUUACGGAGGCAGUGCUUAAUUGCCGUGUUGGUAUGCUCAAGGACAAGACAGGAGAUGGUAUCUCCACAAGGCUGCUUGAAAAUGUAAGGAAAGAAAACCAAACAAAAGCUGGACACAAUGGGAAAAAAGUUGCGACUUAUAACUUGACAAGCCAUGUCUCUAAAACCUUCCGAUUUCCUUAUAAAACACUAAAAUAUAAAAAUGAAACCCCUAAAAUAUACCUAAAAGAGCAAAUUAGCCCCAAGCUAAAUUUGAACAAAAAUGUUUUGAUAAUGACUUACAAAGAAUUAUUAGGCACAAGCAAGAAUGCAUUGAUGCUUUCUAAUGAUGAAAAAUCGAAAGGACUCAUUCAGGAGAAUUACAUUUUUAAUAAGCGGCUUUUUUUAAUAACUGAUGAAUUUCUCUCUACAAAAAUCGUACAGCCUUUAGACUUGAAUGUGCUGAACAAAAUCAACAAAAGACUUAAGGAUCUUAAAAAAAAGUAUAUUUUGCAAAAGGUCAUGUGGGUCAGACGAACGGCAGAAAAGGUAUCACUUCUGACUGUUGGUAACGUCACCUAUAGUGGAGACCCGAGGAUUCGGGUAAAGUUCCAGUAUCCGAAUAAUUGGCGGUUGCUUAUCAAUCCAACACAGACUGAAGAUGCCGGAGUUUACAUGUGCCAGGUUUCCACACAUCCUCCCCGGGUAUUCACUACAAAUCUCACUAUCUUGGAACCCCCCCUAAGGAUAAUUGAUGAACACGAGAGGGAUGUAGGUGACCGCUAUUAUAAGUCUGGAAGCACCGUCGAUCUGCAAUGCCAAAUAUCACGCAGUUUCUUCCAAAAAGAACGACAUACGAUUCUGAAGUCAACUGAUUAUGUAAAUGAUUCUCUACAGAAACUAUUUAACGAUACGACCAGCGAGCUUUAUUUAAUCGGGAACACAAGUCGGACCCAACAUAAAUUCUCUGGACAGGAUCUGGAAAAAUAUUUCCUCAAGUUUAUUACUUGGGCGAAGGAUGAAGAACCACUCCAAGGAUUGACCAAUACGCGCCUAAGUGUUUCCGAUGUGUGGCUAACGAGCCGUAUCUCGAUUGGAGAAGCAAAGCUUUCCGAUAGUGGAAACUAUUCCUGUUCCCUCGGCAGAUUGUUUACCGUAAUUGUCCAAGUACAAGUGCUCACAGGGGAACUACCCGCGGCUGUCCAGCACAAUAUAGCAUCAAGGCUCGAUGAUAUAUGUUCUCUUGCUCCUUUGACACUUCUCAUUGGACUCCAUUUUCUCUCCAAUUUUCUGCAAACUGAACGUCGAUAAUUCUGAGGCAAUACCGUGGUCGGCAUCAGCAACUGAAGCCAAUCGAUUUUCAAAAAACAAUUAACCAAUAAUAUUAAGGUUAACCCAUUAUUUUGGUUCUUAUUUUAUAUUUUAGUUCUUAAGUUUUGAAUCAGAGAGGUAUUUUAAUAUAUAUUUUUGUUAUAGUGCCUAUGCUGUAUAAAUAAUGGAUACUUAAACCUUGUUUUAAAAAAAUAUUUUUAAUUAAAACUCAAAAUUAGUACUUGAUAAAAAUCGAGCUACAGACCGGAAUCAAUAAUAUUCCAGAUUAUUUCAAAGAAACCUACGGCCUAAAAUUACUCGCAGAAUUUUUAGUCCGAUUAAUUUAGUAAUGAUAUUGACAGCUUGUUAGUUUUUAAUGAUACCUCUCAAAGAGUUAAGAAGAAAAAAUUUUAGUUACCCUUCCGCAACUAUUUAAAACUGUUUAAAAUCUGCAUACAUGCAUUACAUACAUUUUUUUUUUAGUUCUGCAGGAAAAUUGAAUGUACCAUACGUUAUUCCUUUUUUAUUCCAUUAAUUCACAGGAUAAAAAUAUCUUUCAAGAAAACUAUCUGAUUAAAACCCUUUGCGGUAUACUACUUUUUCAUCACCUA